CUCACUCGAAGGAAGCAACAACGCGAGGAAAAGUAAUCGUCGUACACUCAAAAACCUUUAUAAAACGCACUUGUUUGUCUUCUUCCUCUGCGAUUGUUCGGGAAACUCUAACGAAACAGCGAGAGAAGCGAACAGUGCAAUGGCGUCGUUUUUGCAAUCGUUUCUGGAUCCAAAGAAGAACUGGUUCGCUGCUCAGCACAUGAAAUCUCUCUCCAAACGCCUUCGGAAAUACGGGCUCCGAUAUGAUGAUCUCUACGACCCUUACUACGAUAUAGAUGUGAAGGAAGCUCUUAAUCGGCUUCCGAAGGAGAUUGUUGAUGCACGCCACGCGCGUCUUAAACGCGCCAUUGACCUUUCCAUGAAGCACGAGUACCUCCCUGAAGAUCUUCAGGCAAUGCAAACACCAUUCAGGGGCUACCUUCAGGAUAUGCUGACCCUUGUCAAGAGGGAGAGAGCAGAACGUGAUGCAUUGGGAGGUUUGCCCCUGUAUCAACGAACCAUUCCUUGAAUAUAUUAAGUAUUGCAUGAAGCUAUUUUGAUUGGAGUUGGAGUUUGAAUUUGUAUUAAUGUUGUGGUAGAAUGUUUUCUCUGAAGAAGAAAAAUAUGGACAGCUUUUUUGUUGAAAUCUUAUGUGAACUGCAUUUUUUUAGCUAUGAUCUUGCCUCAGGCAUUUUCUAAUAAAUGGCAACAAUAAACUGGUUUGCCUUCAAGAUUAAUAGCUUGCAUGUUCUUUUGGUUCUCUGUU